AUGAAGUGUUUACUUUCGCUUGCGCUCUUGCUAGCCAACAUCGGCCGAACAGUCGCGGACAACCCCAUCAUUCAAACCAUAUACACAGCAGAUCCAGCCCCAUACGUCUAUAAUGACACUAUCUGGCUCUUCGCAGACCACGACGAAGAUUCAGCGAGCAGCUUCUUCCUGAUGAAAGAAUGGCGCAUAUACUCCAGCACCGAUGUAGUCAACUGGCAAGACUGGGGAACAAUAGCGAGCCUGGCAUCGACCUUCAAGUGGGCCAGUGACAGAGCUUGGGCACCGCAGGCAAUUGAACGCAACGGCGUCAUCUACAUGUACUGCCCUGUGCAGCUGAGUAGUGGUGCCAUGGCAAUUGGCGUUGCCACCAGCAAGUCUAUCACCGGCCCAUAUGUGGAUGCCCUAGGGAAACCGCUGGUGCAGAACAACAACAUCGACCCGACUGUCUUCAUCGACGACGACGGUCAGGCUUACAUGUACUGGGCGAAUCCGGGGCUUUAUUAUAUCAAGCUAAACAAGGACAUGAUAUCGUACAGCGGCUCAAUCGUCAGCGUCUCCAAGCCCGGCGGCCUCACAGAAGCGCCCUGGCUCUACAAGCGUAACGGCAAGUACUACCUCGCAUAUGCUUCCAACGGAAUUCCGGAAAGUAUCUCGUACUCGACAGCCACAAGCCCUACCGGCCCAUGGACGGGUAAGGGCGGGACAAUCAUGGCCGCUUCCGGUGGUUCCUUCACUAACCACGAGGGCAUCAUCGACUAUAAAAGCCACUCUCUCUUCUUCUACCACAACGGCGCGCUUCCAGGCGGCGGCGGCUAUCACCGCUCUAUCUGUAUCGAGGAUUUCACGUACGGCUCGGACGGUUCAAUCCCCACCCUCAAGAUGACGACAACGGGUGCCGUCCAGAUUGGUAGCCUCGACCCUUACGUCCAGACUUCGGCCACCACUAUUGCCUUCUCCUCGGGAGUCAAGACGGAAAAGUACAGCGAAGGAUUUAUGGACGUAACCAAGACCAACACCAACGGCGCAUAUAUCAAGGUCAAGGGUGUCGACUUUGGCUCCACCGGUGCCGCAUCACUUUCGGUUCGCGUGGCCAGCUCCAGCGGCAGCGGCAAGCUCAUCGCAAGCCUGGGCAGCAAGACCGGCACCGUGAUCGCGACUUGCAGCGUCGCAUCGACGGGCGGCACGCAGAAAUGGGAGACACUCAAUUGUCCCGUCACGGGCGCCAAGGGCAAGAAUGACUUGUACUGGACGUUCUCGGGCAAUUUUGGCUUUGCUUGGUGGCGCUUUACUAAGGCGGUCUCUGUGGCUCGUGAUUUUGAGGCAUGA